UUUUUUUGGGGUGCUAUCCUUCUAAAGACAAGUCUCCACCUGAGCAAACAAGAUGCCCACUGAUUUCAUGGAUAGCUUUGACUAUAAUUCCACUAUUCCCGACGAGAUUUACAGCAAUGACAUGUGUAGGAAGACCAACGUCAGGCAACUGGCUAACUACUUCCUUCCACCUUUCUACUGGCUUGUGUUUAUGGUAGGGACUUUCGGCAACAGUCUAGUCAUCGUUAUGUACUGGUACUGUACAAGAGUGAAGACCAUGACGGAUAUGUUCCUACUGAACCUGGCAAUUGCUGACCUCCUCUUCCUCCUCACUCUGCCCUUCUGGGCCAUUGAGGCUUCUGAGCAAUGGAAAUUCGGGAACAACAUGUGCAAAGUGGUCAAUGCCACAUACAAGAUGAACUUUUACAGCUGCAUGCUGCUUCUCAUGUGUAUCAGUAUUGACAGAUACAUCGUCAUUGCUCAGGCCAUGAAAGCCCAUCGCUGGAGGCGGAGGCGUCUUCUCUACAGCAAAAUGGUGUGUUUUGCCAUCUGGAUGGUGACGAUCACCCUGUGUAUCCCAGAAUACCUGUACAGCCAAAGUAAGAUGCAUUCCGACAUCAACACCUGUACGAUGGUCUAUGACGACAGUAGGCUCAAGUCCAUUGUUCUGAUGCUCAAAUUUAUUCUGGGAUUCUUUCUCCCACUCAUUGUCAUGGCUAUCUGUUAUACCAUCGUCAUUCACACCCUGAUGCAAGCCAAGAAGUCAUCUAAACACAAAGCCUUAAAAGUGACCAUCUUGGUCCUCACAGUCUUUGUUGUAUCUCAAUUUCCCUACAAUAUCAUUUUAUUGGUGCAGACCAUCGAUGCAUACAGGAUGUUCAUCACAGACUGUGACAUUUCCACCCACAUUGAUAUCUGUUUCCAGGUUACGCAGACCAUCGCAUACUUUCACAGCUGCCUGAACCCAGUCCUUUAUGUUUUUGUGGGUGAAAAAUUCCGCCAAGAUCUUGUAAAAACCCUGAGGAAACUGGGAUGCAUCAGCCAGGCCCAGUGGGUCUCCUUCAAUAGGAGAGAAGGAAGCCUAAGGUUGUCAUCCAUGAUGCUAGAGACAACAUCUGGCCCCCUCUCCUUCUAAGAGAUCAUCUCUCUCAGAGGUCGAUGAUCCACUCUGCCCUACCUGGACCACCUGACUGGCCCAUGAGGUAACAAAAAGGAGGAAAAAGAAAAACAACAAAGAGAAUAGAGAAAAACACAAGCAUCCCUUUACAAUAAGUUAAAAAGACUUGCAUUGCUCUACAUGCCUCAACCCAGUGUUUUACAGGGGAGCCCUGGGAGAUGGUUGUCUGCCUGAUGGCACUAUCCAUUGUAGUUCCCAUGAAGACCCAUAUUGAUCUUCUCGACUUGAAAAAUGUCACACUCAACUUCUGACCAUAAAAUUCAUUCAAGCAUUAAAGCACUUGAUCAUUGACCACUACCACAGAUUGAUGUACUUAAGGUAGCACAAGAUUUAAUACCACUGUAUUUGCCUUGGGAUUUCCUAUCUCUUUUCCCCCCAGCUGUUCUGGUCUGGAAUCAGUGCAAAUUUUCCUGUUCCUGGAACUAGAUUCCUUCCCUGUAUAGUAUAGUCUGGACACAUAGGUAUAGGGUGUAAUUCCCUUUCUGGUCUCCUACCCCGUCCUGGACCAGCUGAGGGUAUAUCUCUUCUAUGGUGUUUUCCAAUGCUUAUUAUCCAAGCAACAAGUGUGUAGGUGAUUCUAAAUUAUCUAAAAUAAAUAAUUUUGAUGAUAUGAAAUUGAAAAUCCUUUGUAUGAACAAAGUUAGUGUAACUAAG